CAGCUCUGGGAAAUCUCGUCUGGGGAGCUCCUGCUCUCCGUCCUGUUCGACGUGGGGAUCAUGGCUGUGACUCUGGACCUUGCUGAGUACCACAUGUUCUGUGGGGGCAUGGAUGGGUCCAUCUUCCAGGUCGACCUCUGCGCCUGGCCGGUCCAGAGAGACCGGACCUUCCAGACGGAGCGGGAGAACGGGAAGGUCUUCAAAGGGCACAGGAACCAGGUGACGUGUCUGUCAGUCUCCACGGAUGGCAGCCUGCUGCUCUCCGGCUCGCACGACGAAACCGUUCGGCUGUGGGACAUCCAGAGCAAGCAGUGCCUGAAGACGAUGAAUCACAAGGGCCCCAUCACAAACGCCUUCAUCGUGCUGGCCCCGGCCAACAUGUUCAACCCAGACGGGAAGCCCAGCGUCCCUCUCCCCAAAUUCAGCAGACACCUCCACGGCACCGAGAGCAACGACGAGCAGGGGAGCGAGGGGGUGACGCUGCGCCUGGGCCUCCACCAGCAGGAGUCUGGGGAGAGCUACCUGGAGAAGGCUGAGAAGAUGUACUCACAGAUGUACUCGACGAGGGAAAAGAACCUGGUGGGAGACCAGGAGCAUCUGACGAUCCAGGUGAGCGAGCUGGAGGAGGAGGUGAGCACCCUCCGGAAGAUCAACAAGAACCUCUUCGACUUCUCCGCUCGCAUCAUCACC